AUGGAGAACGGGGGCGCUCCUCGAGGGGCGACCUCGGAAGGGCCCCUGCGCGGCAGCUUCGGGGCUCCAGAGGAGAGGGAGGGCGCAGAGACCGACGGGGGCGGCGGCGCGGCCAGCAGCGGCGCGCAGCAGUUCCGGCGGGGCCGCUCGGACUCCGUGCGGCUAAGCGCCGCGGCGGUGUCGGACAUCUACGAGACCGUGCAGCGGUGGCACGACAAGGCGCACUGCGAGAUGAUGCGGGCCCACAUCCGGGGCGCCAGCGUUCCCGGCGAGGCCCCGAGCACCCGCGGCGACGCCCCGCCGAGGGAGUUCAGCGUCACGCCCACGCUCGACGCCGCGGAGGCGGCGGCCUUCUCCGCGCCGGAGGCGCCGCGGGAGCCCCCAGGCCCGAGCGCCCGCGGGGGCGCCGCCUCGCGCCAGCUCGAAGAGGCGCAGCUGAAGCUCGCGCUGGAGCUGUCCCGGGCCGAGGCAGAGGCAGACGACGCUGGCGCGGCCGCCCAGGCCACGGAGGGCGCGGCCGCGUCGCCCGGGGCCGUGGCCAACAGCCCGGCGGGGGCGCCGGCAGCGCCCGUGCAGGGGCGGGAGCAGCCGAGCUUGCCGCUGCAUGCGGAGAGCGCAAGCGCGGUGGCCGUGUUCCUGAAGGACCACUGCCUGUCCGAGCGCGUGGACUACCUGCCGGACCGCCUCGAGCGGUCCAUCGAGCACGUGGUGGCCAAGAUGUGCACGCACAGCUCCUGGGGCCUGCUCUACGAGUCGCUCACGGAGGAGCUCGGCUUCCGCGCCAAGGCGGCAGCGCGGGCGCUCGGGGCGUGCCACGCGCGGGCCGUGGACGCCGACUCGGCGGGCGCGAGGGCGUCCCUGCAGCACGAGCGCAUGUGCCUGCCGAUCUGGCGGAGCAGCCGCGACGGAGUGAUGGCCGCCCUGUCGCGGCUGCGGCCGGGCGGCGGCGCGGGCCCCUGCGCGGCGCGGCGGGGCCUGCUGCGCCAGGCGACCUUGGAGUGGUGCGAGCUGGAGGACCUCACGGAGUUCCUGGACGGGCAGCUGGCCCCACUUGAGAUGCAGAUAGACACCUUCCGCGGCGCCCAGGAGGUGACCAGCAAGGCCCACACGCCGCACGUGCGAGACAUCGGGCGCCUGCUGUUCAGGAACCUGUGCCUGCUGGACUCCCGCAUCUUCCGGCCCCUCUGCCUGGCGGCGUACUCCCUCGUGCACGAGGUCGAGGACGCCGCCGAAGGGGGCGCGGAGCGGGGCGAGCUGGUGGACAUCCUGGAGGGGUUUCACUCGAUGCUGGUCGCCUGCGACGUGGCAGACGACCACCUGUCCACCUCGAAGCGCACCAAGGAGUCCUUCUCGGAGCACCUCGUCGCCCCCAUCUCGGCGGCCGUGGACCGCCUGGCCGAGUGGGACCUGAGAGGCCACGUGUCCCGGGACGCGCGCCGGCCCGACGCCUGCUUCAAGGGCUGA